AUGGCUACCGUAGCGGAGAAGGUAGAUCAGGCCAUCGCCGAAGGCUUGGGGGAAGAGGCCCUCGCCGAAAAGUUCGAGCAGCAUGGAGAUGCUUUCACCGGCUUCCUGGGUGACGUCCAGGCGAACUUGCUCAGUCAACUCAACGCGCACAGCGUUGGUCCCGAGGGCUUCGUCGAGAACUUUCAAGCCUUCCGCUCUGCCGUGGACUGGAGCGAGCCAUGGAUUCAGGGCAUCCUGGUGUUCCAUCUGUUGUUAUGGGUAUUUUUCAUUGUUACGCGGAGGAGCUUUGGCGCCCAGGUCGGGCUGUUCGCGGUAGUACUCACGGGGACAAGGUUAAGCGAGUUCAUCAACACGUGCCUCCGGGAUCGCUGGCAAAACUUUUCGAGGCAGAACUACUUCGACGAGCACGGCAUCUUCAUGGGGGUAAUGUGGGCCGGGCCGCUGCUGAUACUGGGCUUCACGAUGCUGGUGAGCUUGCUUUGCCAAACGGCAUCGCUCUUGGUGACGGUGAAAACCAAGCAGUUCAAGCGGGAAAUCGCCGCGAAGAAGGACGGCGGGAAGUCCAAGGCCAAGCGCGGCGCGAAAGACAAAAAGGCGUCGAAACAAGCAUGA